CCUGGAGCGACCUGCGCCCCGCGCCGCCGAGCAGGUAACGGCCCCGCGCCCCCGGGGGUCUCCGCAGCCGGGGGUGUCAGGCGGAGCAGGACAGAGCCGGCACUGACGGAUUCUGUUGAUCUCUGGAAGUUGGGGCUUGCGCCCUACUGGAUUGAGAAGUGCCCCCACCCCUUUCCCAGCCAUGCUAACUGCAGGAUGAAGCUCGAAGCUGUUGUGGAGCAGCUGCAAAAGCAGCAACAGCAGCAGCAAGCUCCUCUGCAGAUGGAUUCCAGGGAGAGACAGCAGAGGCAGAUCAGAGAGGCCCAGAUGCUGUAUACUCAGCAGCUGGCUGCCCAGCACGCUGUUCUAGCAGCCACAUCUGGCAGAGCUUCAGGCGGCUCUGCUGUUGGCCCUCUGGCCAGAGUCCCACCUGUAGCUGGGGCUGCCCGAGCUUUUGAUCAGAGCAGCAUGAACUCUGAUCCUGAGGAGGAGGAAGAGGAAGACGAAGAAGAGGAGGAUGAGGAAGAGGAAGGGGGUUUGGAAGGUGGAGAUCUUGAGGAUGGCACCGAAAUGACUGGGAAAGAUGCCUGUUCUGCUUUGAAGUUUUUUCAUUCUCCCAAAGUGGCCCAUCACAACCAAAGAGUGGCUUCUACCUCUAAUCCCACCCCAGGACAUCAGCGAGGACAGCCAGUAAAGGAAGAGCAGGGUAAAGACACUACUAAACAACCAUAUUCAGAUUCCCCAUCUGGGCGGCAGCCCUGGAGAUUGGAUGAUCAGCUCAAGCAGAACGGAAAUCUGAGUUGGAGCGAAGAAGCUGAUGGAGGCCGAGGAAGAGAGAUCUCUCGUGACUUUGCCAAGCUGUAUGAACUGGAUAGUGACCCUGAGCGGAAGGAGUUCCUGGAUGACCUUUUCAUCUUUAUGCAGAAGAGGGGCACCCCUAUCAAUCGGAUCCCCAUCAUGGCAAAGCAGAUCCUCGAUCUAUACAUGCUGUACAAGCUGGUGACUGAGAAGGGGGGGUUGGUGGAAAUCAUCAACAAGAAGAUAUGGCGGGAGAUCACCAAAGGCCUUAACCUGCCCACCUCUAUUACCAGUGCAGCGUUUACACUUCGGACCCAGUAUAUGAAGUACUUGUAUGCCUACGAAUGUGAGAAGAAGUCCCUAAGCUCUCCUGCUGAGCUACAGGCUGCUAUUGAUGGCAACAGGCGGGAAGGCAGACGGCCCAGCUACAGCUCCUCCUUGUUCAGUUAUUCACCCAGCACCACAGGGUCUCCUUCCCUCCUGUCUCCCCCAAAGAUCCGCUUCCCGAUCAUUGGCGUCACCCCAGGCAGUGGAACCAGCAGCCCUCGUGUCUCUCCAGCAACGGCUGUCAGGAAAGGUGAUGGUGUCCCUUUGACUGUGUCUAUGCCAAAUCGUAUCGCCAUGCCAGUGGCCUUGGCUAACCAGCAGGCAACUGUAGCAGCAAGGACAGCAACUCUGGAACAGCUGAGGGAGAGGCUGGAAUCUGGAGAGCCUCCAGAGAAGAAAUUCUCACGGAUGACAGAGGAAGAGCAGCGGCUUGUCCAGCAGGCACUUCAGCGCAAUCUCUUCAGCAUGGCACGGCAGAUCCCCAUGAAGAUCAAAAUCAAUGGCAGGGAGGAUAAACCGGAUUCAGCAGCGGCGGCAGCAGCAGCAUUGAAUUUGUCACCGAGCGGCAUUGGGAGCAUUAACAUGUCUGUGGAGAUUAACGGCACGAUCUAUGCUGGAGUGCUGUUUGCCCAGAAGCCGGUUGUCCAUCUCCUUGCAGGAUCCAACACCCAAAGCACCUGCAGCAGCAGUAGCAGCAGCAGUUCCCACUGCUCUCCCAGCCCUACCUCAUCCAGGGGCACUCCCAGUGCAGAGCCCUCAACCAGCUGGUCUCUCUGACGGAUGGGGGAGCUUGUUGUCUCUCACACUGGCCUCGGGCGGUCGUGUCCUCUUUGUUCAAGGCAGGGAGCGAGCCUGGAAGGAGUCGCACAGAUUACCUCAUCUCAAAGAACCUGCUUUGUGGUUGGCCGACAGCGAGAUGAUAAAACCUUCCAUGCUGGCGAGUUUUCUCUUCAGGAGCGUCGCCUGUUUGUUCAAUCUUUUUCUCUUCUUUUUAAUUUUUGUUUCAGGUUUCCAGCUAGGGGAUAGGGUCAGGGGAAGGGGACACACAUGGCGUCUUUCAAUCAGGGAUCAUCUUUAGAGGCUGCGGGUUUGUAGAGGACUGAGACAUCACCAUGGCAGGUGAAAGGAGAAGAGGUUGGUUAUCGGGUUGGAAGAUCAAUUCCAGCUCUCUAACCAUGAGCUACGCGGGCUUUCCCAACACAGUGUAUUGACAAUCGUAUGCCCAAAGGGACCUGGGUCUCUGCCUCUUUUAUUGGUUCCCUCUUGCUGCAGACAGCAACAGCAUUUGUGCAGUUAUACAGCAGGCAAACCAUUCAGUCCUCCCCUAAGUUCAACACACUGAUGUUCUCACCUGAGUGUGCUCACCUUGCUCUUUAGCCUAGCCUGUUUCUGGUUUCGUGGGAGACUUGAAUGACUUCUGUCCUUAUUCUUAUCCUGCCCUCCUCUCAUCUACGUCUCAAGGGUCCUGGGAGGAUGCAGAGGACUGUCCCAGCUCUGUGUUCAGUGCACAGAGAUGGAAUGUCCCAUCUCUCUGUUGGAUGCACAGAGUGGAGUACUGUGUCCAGUUCUGAGCGCUACACUUCAGGAGGGAUGUGGACAACAUGGAGAGGGUCCAGAGGGGGGCCACUUGCAUGGUCAGGGGGCAACAGGGCAGGCCCUAGGAGGAGAGGAUAUGGGUCCUGAACCUGUUCAGCCUCCACAAGAGAAGGCUGAGAGGGGAUCUGAUGAACAUCUAUAAACUUACCAGGGGGGACCAGCAGGGAACGGGAGAGUCCCUUGUGACCUUACCAACUAUGAAACUAUGGAAAAGACCUCUUCGGUCCAGCUAGUUCACUCUUCUGGCUGGGUCAAGCCUGUUCCCAGCAGUCUUGUUCCAAGGCCUAACUUAGUUUUAAACACCUAAAGCCUGGGGCUUGCACAUGUUCCCUUGGAAAAGUGUUACAAAGUUUAGAUCCAUCAUUGUGACCUUGGUCCUUAUAAUUUGCCUGAAUCGCUUGUACUUACCCCUAGUUCUGACCUCCUGACACCGAAGGGUUGUAACUAAGUUUGCUCUAAGUACAGACUUCCCAAAGCACCCUGCUCUUUGCGGUGUAUUUAAUUAGCCUCUCCAUGCCUCCUCCUGUGCACACAGCGAUAGCGGUCCAAAAGGAGAUACCCAGUGACGCUGGAAUUCUGUUGAACCCUGGGUGCAUGGUUGUUAAUGCAAUACACAUUUCUCUGUUGGUCUCUUAACAAUUCCUCUGUAGCCUUGUCCUCUUCAUUCAGUGUUUCUAAGGCUGGCUUGGGCAACAGGAAAAGGAGUAGGCUGAUCCUACUCAGGACAAUUCAGUUGUGAUGGCAUCCCUGGUGAACAAGGACACUCACCUCCUGGAUGCAGAGGGAGGGAAAGAAAAUCUAGCCCUCACUUUCCCCACUCCCUCCUUUCUCUUUCCAGCUGAGGGAAGCCUAGGCUUGUGUUUCUUUCUUUGCCUGCCCAGUUGACUCCUUGGCUUUUUCCCAGAGACCCAUCUUCUUGCUCUGCCCCUGCUCUCCAAAAGCACUGGUGACCUCUCUCUUGUGGACCUGAGCCCCUCUCCAGCCUGCCGUGGUGACGUCUCCCAUUGUACAGACCUAAUUCAGGGUUUUUGAGCAGAUGAAAUACCUCAGAUAAUAUGUACUUGUUUUUGUUUUUACCUCUUCAGGAAGUAUUGGCAUAUCUUAAGAGUUUGUUUUUAUAUGUGUUUUGCUACUUUGUUUUUAUUUUUAUUUUUUACUGUAGCACCAAAGACAGAAAAAAAGCUGAGUGAAGGAGCAGGUGGCCUCUGUCCUUAGACUAUAGCAUAGAGGCAUGUCUAACAGCAUGGUCCCAGGAUGUAGGCAGGAGCAAGGGGGUGAGAGCAGAGGGCAGAUGCAGGUAGAAGAGGAAGGGGCAGAUGUAUUUCUCAGGCAGGCUUGAGUUUUACUGUCUCCCCUCAAUUAUGAACAAUCAUGUCCCACAGGUGGCCCCAGUUUAACUUACAGAACUCUGCCAUCUAGUGCUCGGCUUAUCAUUGGCAAGUUUUCUUAGCCCAGCUUUGAAGGUAACAAUACUGUGAACACUACUGAUUUUUCUAGACCUCUUACAGCACAGGGCCGGCCUUCUGGCGCAUUAAAACAUGGUUCAGUCUUGUGCGUUCAUGGCCAAACUCCUAAACUGUGCUGUGGUGUUGUGUUUUACCUGUACAAUCCAGGUGCACAGACACAGGGCUCAAUCCUGCCUACAUUAUUAGUUCAAACCAUGUUGUGUACUAACUUUCCGCGACUUUCUAGCUUUCGGUGGAGCAGAAGGGAUCAAGGUACUGGAUGUUAUCUAGCCCUUGUUUCAUUAAGUUCUGCAUUACCAAACUGCUUAAUAACCUUUCUGUUGAGUGGGUUGUAAAUACAACUCAGCAUGAGUGUGAGCCACAAGACAACCCCACAGACAAAAUCAUCAGCUAGCUCAAAACCAGUUACCGCAGCAGAGAUCAGGUUGGAAGCUUGCCAGAAGCUCCUAUUUGAUGCCUCUGUACAAAUGUAAAUGAAGUGCACUAAUUUAAAACUAAAAGCCUCCGCCCAGUUUUUAGUCGGCUUUUUAAAUCCCUGUUAUAAUAAACAGAAAUGAUUCUGUUUUCAGGAAAAUCCCACCAUGGGUUAGUUUUCCUCUCAUCUUGAAGUUCCAGGUGAGAGGGGUGAACACACGGACAGCAUUUUGGGUCUACAAUUUUAGGCACCUUUGCUGUAAGAGGCCUAUCUGUAUUAAUUUUAUAUUGCAUAGCUUGACUGGUCUUAUUAGAAGCCACAGUGACAUCCUUUUAUUGGGCCAUUAUAAUGCACCUACCAUGGGUCAGAUUCUGCUUUGAUAUGCCCUGUCUCUUGCUGUCUUCAGUGCAAGUUACAAAUGCCCAUGCAUUUAGAGAAGGAUAGAUCUUGGCCCCAGUAUAUUUGCUUUGCAUAUAAUGCAGAACUCCAAGACAUUUCAUCGUCUCUCACUCUAAGAUUCUUUUUUCCCCAAACUCUGUGAAUAAUUAUGAUUGUCUUGCUUCUUUAGUUGGGUGGGCUAGGGAAUUAUCUCCCAAGGGCGAGGUAGGGUGGGGGGGUGGGGAUUCCUGCUUUUUCCUUAUGCUUUCUUCUCUGGUCCCGGGGAGCAGAGGUUUGUAAUGAGUGUUUUGCUUGUGUAUCACACGCUAACAUUGUGUUUUCUUGCACAGAAAGCCACUGGAAUCACUGAACCGAUAAACAGCUUUGACACUACUAAAGUAUUAAUGCUCAUAAGCUUUACACAACUAGACUGGAAAUAGGCAGGGACUAACAGAUUGUUUUUUUUUGUUUUUUGGGGGGGUUUUUUAAAUCCAAUUCAGGGAAAGGAUAAGGUUGGGACGUGUAACAGAUACCUCAGUGAAAUAAGCUGCAACAAUAAACUGUUCCCUUUCAUUAUCUGGCUACAAGGAUCAGCCAUUCAGACUGUGAAAACUAACCCUCUCCCUAGCCUGGGUAUGAUACUGGCACUUGCAUGAUGCACAUUUUGCUUAGAUCCAGAUAUUUUUGCUGAGCUGCCAGGUUUUAGGGACAGGGAAUAUGUAGAAACCAGCAGCAUAUUGGGGGGUAGGGGAGGAGGAGGAAGACUGAGGGGGUCCAGGAUCUCCUCAGCUCCGAUCCAUAUCACUCAGAUUGUUGACGAUUGUAUGGCAAUCAGGGGUUUUGAUAUUGCAGGAAGGACUGUUUCUUGUGUGAAGUGUUCCAUUUUGCCGUGUGGCUGAUUUUUUUUUCUCUCUGAACACCACACCAGCCAGAGCUUUACAGCAAGCAGCCAAAAGCACCCAGCUGGUACGCGAGGCCACAGUGGUCCGGCAGCAGCUGAAUACUCCAUUGUUCAGAAGGAAGGUGGGUACAGCCCUGCUGUGUUGGGUUGCAAGCCAGGCCCUUGCAGAGAGGGUUACCACCUGCCCUCCAACUGCAGAUACCAGCAUGUUCUGGGAAGGCAGGAACAUGGAGUCCAGCUCAGAAACAGGACUCUUCAAGAAGUUUCAUAGAAAUAAGCUGCAUGACGAGCCAGCUCCCAAAGCAAAUGUGCACAUGUCUCACAGAGUUCUUUGGAUGCUGCGUACGCUCUCCAAAUGGAUCCAGACUAGAAGACAUUUUAACCAAACAGCAGCAGCCUUGCUACUAGUUUUCUUACCUAUUUAAAAAAAAAAAAAAAAGAAUAAAAUGUGAUAGCCUAGGCAGUGGAUAAAUACCUCAGACGUCUCCUUCCAACAAGUGUCUGUAUAUGUUGUUGUUGGGUUUUUCUAUCUUACACGUUAUCUGAAUGUUUAUAUUCCAAUAAACUUCUACCUCUUCACAUGA